CUUUCACCGCCUUGGCAGAACUUUUUUAUCCUCGAAAUAUUCCAGAGCUUUGUUCGUACAGAAUACAACCUGCAAUUCGCUACUUUCACAAUGUCAGGCGCAAGUGACAAAGCGCGAUUCUACCUAGAACAAGCUGUUCCCCAAUUACAGGAAUUCAAGGAGUUGAAGAUAUUUGACGAGGACGAAAUUCGAACCUUGGUGAAGAAGAGGUCAGACUUCGAGCACAAGGUCCUUGCAAGAGGCUCACAAGCUGUGGAUUUUGCAAAAUAUGCUGCCUGGGAAAUUGGUCUAGAGGCCCUACGAGCAAAGCGAUGCAAGCGGUUACGAAUAAAAGGCAGCACAACACACACUGGGCAGGCCAGAAUUUUCAGUAUAUUUGACCGAGGCACGAAGAAGCAUCCAGGAGAUAUCGCAUUAUGGAUGUCAUAUCUCGAAUACGCUAGGACUGCAAAGGCGAACAAGAAGUUCAAGACAAUACUCACGGCUGCGAUAAGACUACAUCCAACCAAGUCAGAAUUAUGGCUGUAUGCUGCGAGAUGGACGUUGGAGGCCGAAGCAGAUAUGAACGGCGCUAGGAGUUAUAUGCAGAGAGGCACAAGAUUCUGCACCACUAGCAAGGACUUAUGGAUCGAGUAUGCCAAACUUGAAAUGAUCUACUUGGCCAAGAUUGCUAUGCGGAGGAAGAUCCUAGGUCUGGACGUCGAUGACACGCAAGAGGAUGCAAUGGAGAUCGACGAGACGACUGAUGGCUUUACGAACUCUGAAGACGUGAUUGCCAUCCCAGACUUCAAAUCCAAUUCAAUGCGUCCAAACCUGGUUGAGAGAGUGGAGGUGGAUGGAGAAGCAACCAAGGAUCCUUUGACGAGCCCAGCACUGAAUGGUGCUAUCCCAUUGGCCAUUUUCGAUGCUGCUCGGAAACAACCAUUCUUCUGUGCUUCGGCUGCAGAGACCUUCUUCGACAUGUUCGCUGUAUUCUCCCAAGUCCGCUGUCUGACGAAGAUUCUCCAGCAUGUUCUUGACGCUAUGGUGGAACUACACCCAAUUGAUCCCUCUACUUGCAGCUGUUAUACCAGGCAACCAAUCGUUGGGAUCAGUCCACUAUCUGCUGAAUUUCCUAUGGCUUUGGGAACUUCUCUGUCUCGACUAAGAGAAUCUAUGGGCAAGACCAGGAAUAAGGCCGAGCUUGCGAAGAAGACGAUAGCAUGGACGGAGCCAAUAUUAGCGUUGGAGGACCUCGAUCCAGGCAUUAAGACCGUAUUAGAGCAUAUGAGGAAACUUCAAUAGAUG